AUGACGAGCACUAUCCAGAGGAUCCAGAGGCGUGCAGCUCAGAUCAUUACAGGCGCUUUUCGGACAACAGCCGGUGCGGCGGUGGACGUAGAAGCUCAUCUUCUCCCGGUGCAGCAACAAUUCGAGCAAACAGCAUUGGAGGCCACGAUGCGCAUCAGAACCGCCCCGCUAUACGUGCAGCUUGACCGGCUCGAAAAGCGUAUACCGCAUGUGGUGCCGCCAUGGUGGAUCCCACCGUUCGUCGGCAUCAAUGAGUCUGCAGAGGAGGCAAUCAAGGACCGGCCCGUCGAUCUAUCUGCCCUUGUCGACCCGGGCAAAGCUGGCACCAUCUGGCCUGUGGAAUGCGAACGCACGGUGACUUUCGCUAAGGAGAUUGACGUGAUGCAAGCACAAGAACGUUUUCCUCGAAUAAGAUGGUGCGCAUAA